UAUUGUGACAGACGGAUGUUGUUCUACGUUCAUUCACAGAUGUCUAUGAUCAGAAAUUCUUUUCCGUCUUUCUUCGUAUACCGUAUCGGAGGUUAGAAAAAUGACUCGCAAACGCCGUAACGGAGGACGAGCCAAGCACGGCCGUGGCCAUGUGAAGGCUGUGAGAUGCACGAACUGCGCUCGUUGUGUGCCUAAAGACAAGGCCAUCAAAAAGUUUGUGAUCAGAAACAUCGUCGAAGCGGCUGCCGUGAGGGACAUCAACGAAGCCUCCGUGUAUGCUUCAUUCCAGCUUCCCAAGCUCUAUGCGAAGUUGCACUACUGCGUGUCAUGCGCUAUCCACAGCAAAGUGGUGCGCAACAGGUCUAAGAAGGACAGACGCAUCCGUACACCACCCAAGAGUACAUACGCCAGGGACAACACUCGGCCCCAGAAUGUGCAGAGGAAGUAAAUUUUAAUAAAAUAAGUUAAAAACCA